GCUGCAGUCGGGCUGAUCAUUUCGUUUAGGUAAAGUCUUGUAAAAGUAAGCCCAAGGGUUUUCGUUAUUGGAAAUCCCUUGACGAUUAUUUUCACGCUUGGAAAUUAUUCAGACAGUGAUGAAGGCUGCUGUAAACUUCCGUAAGUGGGCGGUGACAACUUGUGCAUCCUAGCGGUCUUUUCGCAUUUACAGCGCUGCGAGGCACUGGCAGACAGUCAGUAACGUGGAUUUCUGUGUUUAUUGGAAACUAAACUUAAAUCCGCGCGUGUGGGAGUGAGUGUACAUGCGUUUUCUAUAUUCUCGUUUGAAAUCAAUAUCCGGACAGUAGCCUAUUGUUUAUGUGAGCUGUGAAGCGAUAUAAGAAGAUACCGUUCUCGUUAUCAGCCUCGUCAGGUUUUUGGUGAGAAAGCGUCUGUUAGAAUCGGCUCACCCCGCGGCUUGCUUGAGAUGGUUCAGUCCAGAUGCGAGAGUCCAGUCUCGAUGCACUGGGAUUUUUCUCAGCGCCGACACCAAGUGAAUCUUCCUUUUAAACCCAUCUGAUAACCGUGCCUGCCAAAAAGAUCCCACCAUGAGCGCCUCUUUGAAUUCUGACAGAACGGGACUCACAAGGACAGAGUGCAGAUGUACACAUAACGGUACGAGGAGACUGGAUGGAAUAAGGAUUUUUGGGCUAAUGAAGGUGGGAGUACAGGCGCAUCAUUGGAGCGGGGUGCUCUUCUUGUAUAUGGGGCUUUUGGCUGCAUCGGCUAAGGCUCAAAACUGCAGUCACACACUACACAGUCCAAAUGGGACAAUAGAAAGCCCCGGAUACCCGUAUGGAUAUCCCAAUUACGCCAACUGCACAUGGGUGAUUGUGGCACAGGAACACAACCGGAUACAGUUGGUAUUUCAAGGCUUUGCCUUAGAGGAGGACUUUGACAUCCUUUCGGUCUAUGAUGGACAGCCGAGUCCAGGAAACCUACGAACACGGUUGACGGGGUUUCAGCUUCCUGCUCCUAUAGUCAGCACAGGGCCGAGAAUCACACUGUGGCUGCUGUCAGACUACGCCGUAAGCGGCCAGGGCUUUAAAGCAGUGUAUGAAGCCCUCCCGAGCUACACCUGUGGAAAUCCAGGCCAGCUGCUCAACGGCAUGCAGCAGGGCUCUACUUUUAACAUCGGGGACAAGAUCCGCUACAGCUGCAACCCGGGCUAUAUGCUGGAGGGCCACACGGUGCUGUCCUGCCUGGCCACCUCCUCUGGCACGGCUGCCUGGGACUUCCCCCUGCCGUACUGUCGAGCGGAUGAUGGCUGUGGCGGCACAUUGCGGGGUCAAAGCGGCGUCAUCAACAGUCCAAACUACCCACAGGAGUAUAACAACAACGCUGACUGCACCUGGACCGUGCUGGCUGAACCAGGUGACACUAUCGCCUUGGUCUUCUCUGACUUUCAAUUGGAAGAGGACUACGAUGUUCUGGAAAUAACCGGCACGGAAGGAUCUUCUCAGUGGUUCACUGGUCCGAAUCUGCCAUCACCCAUCAUCAGCAGCAAAAACUGGCUGAGGCUCCACUUCACGUCCGACGGAAACCACAAGACGAGAGGCUUCAGUGCUCAAUACCAAGUGAAGAAGAUGACAGAACUGAAGUCCAGAGGGGUGAAGAUGCUGCCGAGUAAAGACAACCAUAGCAAGAUAUCAGUUUUAUCACAGAUGGGGGUGGCGCAAGGACACAACAUGUGCCCAGAUCCAGGAAUCCCGGAGAGGGGCAAAAGAAAAGGCUCAGAUUUCAGGCGAGGCGCUACAGUACACUUUUCUUGUGAUGAAGGAUACGAGCUUCAGGGCUCCAAAAGCAUCACCUGUCUGCGAGUAACUGACAGUUACGUGGGCUGGAGUGAUGACCGGCCAAUCUGCAGAGCUCCUAUGUGUGGGGGGCAGCUCCGUGGCCCAAAUGGCGUCAUUACUUCCCCCAAUUUCCCAGUACAAUAUGACAACAAUGCCAACUGCACUUGGAUCAUCACAGCAUCUGACCCGAACAAGGUGAUCAAGCUGACUUUUGAAGAGUUCGAGCUGGAGCGCGGCUACGACACUCUUACCGUUGGAGAUGGAGCGGUAAUCGGCGAUCAGCGGACGGUCUUUCAUGUGUUGUCUGGAACCACGACGCCAGAUCUGGUGGUCAGCACCAGUCACCAGAUGUGGCUUAAUUUCAAAACAGAUGACACCAGCGGCUCUCUGGGCUUUAAGGUUUCUUUCGAAGAAAUUGACCAGGGUGGCUGCGGCGACCCAGGAAUCUCAGCCUACGGCAAGAGAGAAGGCUCGGGCUUUCGACAUGGUGACAAGCUGUAUUUUGAGUGCCUUCCAGCCUUUGAGCUGGUAGGAAAGAAGAACAUUACCUGCCAGAAAAAUAAUCAGUGGUCAGCCAAGAAGCCAAGCUGCGUGUUUUCUUGUUUCUUCAACUUUACAACUCCAUCUGGAGUCCUGCUGUCUCCAAACUACCCCCAGGAGUAUGGCAACAACAUGCACUGCGUGUGGCUGAUCAUCGCCAAACCCGAGAGCCGCAUCAACCUGGCCUUCAAUGACCUGAGCAUGGAGAAGCAAUUUGAUUUCUUGUCCAUUAAAGACGGGGGCAAGGCAGAGUCGCCCAUUCUGGGCACCUUCUCCGGAGACGUGCUGCCGUCACCCAUCACUACCAGCGGCCACGUGGCCCGGCUUGAGUUUCUGACCGAUCACACCUACACAGAUCGCGGCUUCAACAUCACCUUCACCACGUUUCGGCAUAACGAGUGUCCUGAUCCUGGAGUUCCAGUGAAUGGAAAACGUUUCGGUGAGAGUCUUCAGCUUGGCAGCUCGAUCUCUUUCCUAUGUGAGGAAGGGUUUGUGAAGACCCACGGCUCUCAGACCAUCUCCUGCAUCCUUAAAGAUGGCAAUGUUGUGUGGGACAACGCUGUGCCACGUUGUGAAGCUCCAUGUGGUGGAAACCUGAAGGCUUCGAGCGGCAUCAUUCUGUCCCCAGGCUGGCCUGAGCUCUAUAAGGAGGCGCUCAAUUGCGAGUGGAUCAUCGAGGCCCCACCAGGAUAUCCUAUUAAGAUCAUCUUUGACAAAUUCCGGACGGAGGUCAACUACGACGUUUUCGAGGUGCGGGACGGACGCUAUCCAUCGUCGCCUCUGAUUGGCAGUUAUCAGGGAACACAAGUUCCACAGUUCCUCAUCAGUACCUCCAACUUCCUGUAUCUGCUCUUCACCACCGACAAGAGCCACUCUGACAUCGGCUUCCGCAUUCGAUAUGAAACCCUACAGUUGCAGUCGGACCACUGCGUUGAUCCGGGAAUCCCAGUCAACGGUCAACGCCAAGGCAAUGACUUCUACGUCGGCGCUCUGGUGACAUUCAGCUGUGAAGCAGGAUACACCCUCAGCGACAAGGAGCCCCUCGAGUGUGAACCCAACUUCCAAUGGAGUCGACCCCUUCCCAGCUGUGAUGCUCUUUGUGGAGGGUUUAUUCAGGGUAACAGUGGCACAAUUCUGUCCCCUGGGUUUCCUGACUUCUACCCCCACAACCUCAAUUGCACCUGGAUGAUUGAGACUUCACAUGGGAAAGGCGUCCAGUUUACCUUCCACACCUUUCACUUGGAGAGCCCUCACGAUCACCUCUUGGUCACAGAAAAUGGUAGUUUCUCACAGCCGCUGUGGAGGUUGACCGGAUCCACACUGCCGCCUCCCCUCAGCGCUGGUCUCUUUGGCAACUACACAGCUCAAAUCCGUUUCCUCUCCGACUUCUCUGUGUCCUACGAGGGCUUCAACAUCACUUUCUCAGAAUAUGACCUGGAGCCCUGCGAGGAUCCCGGCAUCCCCCCUUUCAGUACUCGCAAGGGGCUGCAGUUCGGCGUGGGGGACGCUCUCAUCUUCUCCUGUUUCCCGGGGUACCGUCUGGAGGGUCCCGCGAGGGUGGUGUGUUUAGGGGGGCGUCGGCGGGUGUGGAGUUCCCCUCUGCCAAGGUGUGUUGCUGAAUGUGGGUCAUCUGUAACCGGGAAACAAGGAGUCUUGCUUUCUCCCAACUACCCUGGGUACUACGGUAACAACCAUGAGUGCAUCUACUCGAUCCAAACGCAGCCCGGUAAAGGGAUUCAGCUUCGAGCGCGGGAUUUCCGACUGGAGGAAGAUGACAUUCUGAAGGUGCAUGAUGGUAGCAGUAACAGUGCCCGCUUGCUGGGCACAUUCACUGGUACAGAGCUGAUGGAUGUCACUCUGAACAGCACGUCCAGCACCAUGUGGUUGGAGUUCAUCAGUAACAGUGACAACACUAGCAAGGGUUUUGAGCUGCACUUUAACAGUUUUGAAUUGGUAAAGUGUGAGGACCCAGGUGUGCCACAGUUCGGUUUUAAACUGGAGGACAAAGGGCAUUUCGCCGGCAGCACAGUGUCAUAUAGCUGUGACCCUGGAUACACUUUAAAGGGCCCGGAGGCCCUGACAUGUCUGAGAGGGGAGAGGAGAGCAUGGGACAAUCCCCUCCCGCUGUGUGUGGCUGAAUGUGGUGGAUCGAUUAAAGACGAGCCCACGGGCCGGAUUCUGUCUCCUGGUUACCCGGCGCCAUAUGAGCACAACCUGCACUGUGUCUGGGCCGUCGAGGCGGCGCUUGGAAGCACCAUCGGGCUGCAUUUCCUGGUCUUCCAUACCGAAGAAGUGCAUGAUGUUUUGCGGAUCUGGGACGGUCCUCCGGAUGGGGGCGUGUUGCUCAGGGAGCUGAGCGGCUCCACGCUUCCUCCAGAUCUUCACAGCACCUUUAACUCUGUCAGUCUGCAGUUUACAACUGACUUCUUCACCAGCAAGCAGGGUUUUGCUCUGCAGUUCUCAGUUUCGACUGCCACUUCCUGUAAUGAUCCUGGCAUUCCCACCAAUGGCACUCGGAUUGGAGACAGCAGAGAGCCGGGUGAUCGUGUGCUGUUCUUGUGCGAUCCAGGCUACGUCCUACAAGGAGCCAACAAGAUCACAUGUACUGAGAUCAACAACCGUUUCUUCUGGCAGCCCGAUCCGCCCACUUGCUCUGCUCCGUGUGGAGGGAAUCUGACUGGCCCCAGUGGUCUGAUCCUGUCUCCUGAAUAUCCAGAGCCCUAUCCUCACGGCAGAGAAUGUGACUGGACUGUUACAGUAACUCCAGACCACAUCAUAUCACUCAACUUUAAUCAUUUUAGCCUAGAGCCAAGCUACGACUUUCUGCACAUCUACGAUGGGCCUGAUUCUCUCAGCCCACUGCUGGGCAGCUUUUACGGCACAGAUGUCCCCGAGCGCAUCGAGAGCAGCUCCAACACGCUCUUUUUGGCCUUUCGAAGCGACGCCUCACUCAGCAGCAAUGGAUUUGUCCUGCAGUACACAGAAAAUCCCAGAGAGUCGUGCUUUGAGCCAGGGGUGGUGCGAAACGGAACCCGUGUCGGCACUGAGCUGAAGCUGGGAGCCACAGUCACCUAUUACUGCGACAACGGCUAUACUCUGGAGGGAGACGCCAAGCUCACCUGCAUCAUGGGGGGAGAUGGCAAACCCAGCUGGAACAGACCAAAACCUGUUUGCAUAGCUCCAUGCGGUGGUCAGUAUUCCGGGUUGGAGGGGGUGGUGCUGUCCCCUGGUUACCCUGGAAACUACAGCAGCGGGAGGACCUGCAUCUACUUUGUUAUUGUGCCAAAAGACUAUGUGGUGUUCAGCCAGUUCGCCUUCUUUCAGACAGCGCUCAAUGAUGUCGUGGAGGUGUAUGAUGGACCCACUCAGCAUGCCCGCGUUUUGAGUUCCCUCUCUGGGGCGCACACAGGUGAAUCAUUACCGCUAGCCACUUCCUACCAGAUCCUCAUCCGCUUCUCCUCCAAGGGUCAGUCAAGCUCCAGAGGUUUCCACCUUGUCUACCAAGCUGUCCCAAGGACCAGCGCGACCCAGUGCAGCUCGGUUCCUGAACCAAGGCACGGCAGACGUACGGGCAACAACUUUGCAGUGGGGGCUGUGGUGAGCUUUGAGUGCAGUGCGGGAUAUGUCCUGGAGGGACCCAGUGCCAUCGAGUGUCUGACUGUACCCAACGCACUGGCACAGUGGAACGGAAGCAUGCCCAGCUGCAUCGUGCCAUGUGGAGGGAAUCUAACCCAGCGAAUAGGGACUAUUUUGUCACCCGGAUACCCAGAGCCCUACCUGAACAGCCUGAGCUGCGUUUGGAAGAUCACCGUACCUGAGGGAAUGGGAAUUCAGAUCCAGGUGAUUAGCUUUGUGACGGAGCAGAACUGGGACUCUCUUGAAGUGUUUGAUGGGGGUGACAACACUGACACCAUGCUGGGGAGCUUCUCAGGUACGACAGUCCCAGCCCUUCUAAACAGCACCUCCAACCAGCUCUACCUGCAUUUCUUCUCAGACAUCAGCGUCUCUGCAGCAGGUUUCCGUCUGGAGUACAAGACUGUGUCUCUCACUAGCUGUCCCGAGCCCGUGGUGCCCAUGAAUGCCUACAAAGUGGGCGACAGGCUACAGAUGAACAAUGUGGUGUCCUUCCAGUGUGAUCCUGGUUAUACUCUGCAGGGAGUCUCCCAUAUCACCUGCAUGCCCGGACCUGUGCGCCGCUGGAACUAUCCACCUCCUCUCUGCAUCGCCCAGUGUGGUGGAAUCAGAGAGGAGAUGGAAGGCACCAUCCUCAGCCCUGGUUUCCCAGGAAACUACCCUAGCAACAGUGACUGCACCUGGAGGAUUUACUUGCCGGUCGGUUACGGGGCUCAUGUGCAGUUUCUCAACUUUUCCACCGAAGCAAACCACGAUUCCCUGGAAAUCAGGAACGGACCUUUUGACACCAGCGCAGUGGUUGGCAGAUUCAGUGGACAGGACAUACCGCCAUCUCUUCUGACCACCUCACACGAGACCACCAUAUAUUUCCAUAGCGAUCACUCUCAGAAUAAGCCUGGCUUCCGAUUUGAUUAUCAGGCCUAUGAACUUCAGGAGUGUCCAGACCCUGAACCCUUUCGCUAUGGUGUUGUUGUGGGAGCGGGUUACAAUGUCGGCCAGUCCAUCUCCUUCGAGUGCUAUCCUGGGUAUCAGCUGAUGGGUCACUCCAUUCUCACCUGUCAACAUGGAACUACCCGCAGCUGGGAUUAUCCGUUUCCUCGCUGUGAAGCUCCCUGUGGAGGUAACAUUACAUCAGACAAUGGCACUAUCUUCUCCCCUGGUUACCCGGAGGACUACCACAGCUCUGCGGACUGUAGCUGGCUGAUCACAGUGGCACAUGGCUUCGGCAUUCGGCUUAAUUUCACCCUUCUACAAGUUCACGGCCCCCAAGACUUCAUCACAGUCUGGGACGGACCUCAAGAAACAGUCAGGAAAAUGGGUGUGUUUACUGAGGGGGAACCCAACAACCCACCCAGCAGCACUUCUAACCAAGUUUUGAUACGCUUCAGGAGCAAUUCGGAGAAAGGUGGACUGUUCAAGAUCAUCUACCAAGCCUAUAGACUUCAGUUUUGCUUGCCACCUCCCAUCAUCCCAAACGCAGAAAUUCUCAUGGCCAGCAAGGAAUUCAAGAUCGGUGACAUUGUGCGGUACAGAUGUUUGCCGGGAUAUCACCUGAAUGGGAACAGCAUUCAAACCUGUCGCCUGGGGACUCACCUUGAGUUUGAGGGACCUCCACCUUCAUGUGAUAUUACCUGUCCCAUGAAUGAGGUGCUAACAGCCUCCACAGGGAUAAUCCUGAGCCAGUCACCGGGCAGCAGUCUACCGCACUUUGAGUCCUGUUCAUGGGUGGUGAAGGUGGAUCCAGGUUACAACAUCACUUUCACCGUUGAACACUUCCAGACCAGCAAACAGUUUGAUGAGCUCGAAAUCUUUGAUGGCCCCUCAAGACAGAGUCCGCUGCUUAUAUCACUGAGUGGAAACUACUCAUCUCCCCUCAGCAUCACCAGUUCCUCAAACCGAGUUUAUCUGCACUGGUCCUUCGAUCACACCUCCAGCCACAAGGGUUUUCGUAUCCGCUAUUCAGCGGCGUACUGCAGUACCCCAGACGCUCCCGUGAACGGUUCGGUACACAGUCAGACAGGCACGAAACUGGGCAGCACCUUGCGCUUCAGCUGCGAACGGGGCUUCAACCUGAUCGGCCAGACCACCGCCACCUGUACCCGCACCCCCCAGGGCAUCCACCAAUGGAACGCUCCGGUGCCUCUCUGCCAAGUUGUAUCCUGUGGGAUGCCCAUUGCUCCGGUAAAUGGCUCUGUCAUUGGGCAGCACUUUACUCUCAGCUCAAGGGUCACAUUUUCUUGUAACCCUGGAUUUCGAUUGGCCAACGCUCAGCCGGUGUCAACUGUUUGCCAAGAGUCAGGGAGGUGGAGCCUGAUGGAGACCCGUCCUCGAUGUGUUCCUGUGACCUGCCCUGACAUCGGCCACUCCGCAGUGGAUCAUGGGAGAUGGAGACUUAUUUACGGCAUGCAGAAUAAAUAUGAGGCCAUGAUGGUGCUGACCUGUGAUCCUGGGUAUUUCUACAAAGGUCAAAGGGUCAUCCGCUGCCAGGCUAAUGGUACCUGGGAUUACCCUGAACCAAAACCAUCCUGUGAAAUCAUUUCCUGUGGGGACCUUGGAACGCCUCCAAACGGGAAUAAAAUAGGAACGUUGACGGUGUACGGUGCCACGGCUAUUUUCUCCUGUAACUCGGGUUAUACUCUGGUGGGCUCCAGAGUGAGAGAGUGCAUGUCCAAUGGCCUGUGGAGUGGAGCUGAGGUCCAAUGCUUAGCUGGACACUGUGGCUCACCAGAGCCUAUUGUGAACGGUCAGAUCAUUGGAGAGAACUACAACUACAGAGGCAGUGUCGUUUACCAAUGCAAUCCUGGAUUCAGACUGAUCGGUGUGUCCGUCCGCAUCUGCGAGCAGGACCAUCGCUGGUCCGGAAAGACCCCCAUCUGCGUCCCUAUUACCUGCGGACAUCCGGGCAACCCUGCUAAUGGCGUGACUCAGGGAACGCAGUUUAACCUCAAUGACUUUGUGCGGUUUGCCUGCAACCCCGGUUACGUUCUACAGGGUGCCAUCAAGUCUCACUGUCAGCCCAAUGGCCAGUGGAGCAACGCUCUGCCCAGGUGCAAGAUUGUGAACUGCACUGAACCAGGUCAUGUUGAGAAUGGUGUCAGACAGGUCCUGCCCAGCGGGCCUCAUCGUUACAGUUUCCAGACCACAGUCUCGUACAGCUGUAACCCAGGAUACUACCUGCUGGGCACCAGCACUCUGAGCUGUCAGGGAGACGGCACGUGGGACCGUUCCCUACCCAAGUGCCUCUUGGUUCUGUGUGAUCGUCCCAGCAUGCCUCCAUACACGCAGAUCUCAGGGGACAGACGCACAGUGGGCUCCGUUAUCCGCUUCAGCUGCAUCGGCCAGCGCACCAUCGUGGGCAACACCACCCGCAUGUGCCAGCUGGACGGCCACUGGAGCGGCUCGCUGCCACACUGCUCCGGGGAUUCUGCCGGUAUGUGUGGAGACCCCGGUGUACCGGUGCACGGGAUCCGUCUGGGAGAGCAGUUCUCCGGUGGGAGCGUCGUGCGAUUCAGCUGCGAGCCCGGCUACGUUCUGAUAGGCUCCUCUGAACGGAGCUGCCUAGCCAACAGGUCCUGGGUGGGCAUCCAGCCUGAGUGCCACGUGAUCUCCUGCGGCAACCCUGGCACUCCUCGCAAUGCCAUUAUCCAGUACCAUGACGGAUUCGUGUUUUCCCGCUCUAUCACCUAUACCUGCAGAGAAGGCUACUACUCCACCGGCCUGCUUACUCGUCAUUGUACGGUCAACGGCACCUGGACCGGAGACAUGCCAGAAUGCACAGUUAUAAACUGUGGAGAUCCGGGAGUUCCAGCUAAUGGCAUCAGACUCGGCAGUGACUUCACCUUCGGCCACAACGUCAGCUUCCACUGUUCACCUGGUUUCACUAUGGACGCCGAUCGUGCCUCCACGCUCAUCUGCACCAAGGACCGCACCUGGAACAGCACCAAGCCUCUUUGCAAAGCUAUCGUGUGUGGAGCUCCACCCAGCAUCCCUAAUGGUCAGGUGGUGGGGUCUGACUUCCAGUGGGGUUCGAGCCUUAGCUACACUUGUAAUCAGGGUUACCAGCUUUCCCUUCCUACUGUGCUCACCUGUCAGGGCUCAGGAAACUGGAGCGGCGAACGGCCUCAAUGUUUUCCUGUAUUUUGUGGAGAUCCAGGGAUGCCAGCCCAGGGCAAACGGGAGGACAGAGGGUUCACCUACCUGUCCUCGGUAUCCUUUUCCUGUUUCCCUCCUUUGAUUCUGGUUGGCUCUGCUCGGCGAUACUGCCAAUAUGACGGAACCUGGAGCGGGACCCAGCCAUCUUGUAUAGAUCCCAGUCACACCAGCUGUGUAGAUCCUGGCACUCCUCUGUUUGGACAUCAGAACAACUCUCAAGGCUUCCAGAUUGGCAGUUCAGUGCACUACAGCUGCAGAAAAGGACAUCUUCUCCUCGGGUCCAUCUCUCGCACAUGUCUACCCAACCUCACCUGGAGCGGCAUGCAACCUGAGUGCAUCGCACAUCACUGUAGUCAGCCUGAGCUCCCCGCGCAGGCGGAUGUAGGUGCUAUCGAGCUUCCAUCGCUGGGUUAUACGCUCAUCUACACCUGUCAGCCUGGUUUCUAUCUGGCUGGAGGGUCUGAGCACCGCACCUGCAGGGCUGAUGGCAGCUGGACGGGGAAACCUCCUCUGUGUGCCCCUGAUAACAGACCAAGCGGAAAAACAGUUGGAACUGUGCAAGAGCCGCCCAACACAAAACUUCCCGUGCCAAGUGGAGUGUUCGCGAAGAACUCUCUUUGGAGGGGUUCAUAUGAAUAUCUAGGGAAGAAGCAGCCGGCAAUGUUAAGCAUAACUGCUUUUGAACCGUUCAGCAAUCGGGUCAACGGCACUCUCAUGGACCACAGCGGAGUUCAACUCAAUCUGGCUGGUACCUUUAAGAAAGAAGAGGCCCAGCUGUUGCUGCAGGUGUAUCAGAUUCGCGGGCCUGUCGAGAUCUUCGUUAACAAGUUCAAAAUCGACAACUGGGCUCUGGAUGGGCAUGUGUCAUACAUGCCUUCCACUGACUCUUUUGUCUACCAAGGCUUUGUGAGGGGAAAAGGUUUCGGCCAGUUUGGACUACAGAGGCUGGAGGGACUCGAUCCAAAUGGCGAGAAUCCAGGCUAUAACUUUGCCUCCAAUAGCAGUUCAGUGGCAGCAGCCAUUUUAGUGCCUUUUAUUGCCAUGAUCAUAGCAGGCUUUGCUCUCUAUCUCUACAAACACAGAAAAAGGCCCAAAGUUCCCUUCAAUGGUUACGCGGGUCACGAGAACACAAACGGAAGGGCGACCUUCGAGAACCCCAUGUAUGACCGCAACAUCCAACCGACUGACAUCAUGGCCAAUGAGACAGAGUUCACGGUCAGCACAGUGUGCACUGCCGUAUAGCGACCGCUCUCGUCGAAGGCUGGAUAUAACCACACAACUGUUCCUAUCGUAACAAAUGGGCCACAUGGACGGACUAAAGAGGAAGAUAAGAUAUUUUUUUAUUUGUAAACCAAUUCCAAUUGUGACGAAAAGUGAUGAUAAACCCUGUCAAUGAUGCGGUGAAACGGCAUCAACAGAGAAACACUGAAAGACAUCAAAACUGUUCCUACAUCCAUAUGCUAUCUCCUCUUUUUUCCUAAAUAACUGUGGCACUACAAAGGGACGAAUGUGGCGCUCGUAGCUGUCGCUUGCCAACAAAAGAUGAGCGAUGUUGUUCGACACCGUACGAGGGAUGCCCAGCCCCCCUGCCGAGCAGUAGGAAGUCUUCGUGGAGACUUUGGAUACGAGUCGGGAGAAGCGCGUCCUGGAGAGUGAAAGCUUUGUUUUACUUUUGUACCUUGAGUUCUUUCCAGGGAAGCGCAUUUUGGCUUGUUUAUCGUCUUCACACAUCAAAGCAGCAAAAUUGCGAACAAGUGCAGCCUUUGUUCACAUCACCGAGGACCGACGCUCUCGCUAUCAAUUCCCUGAGAAUGUAACUACACCUGAAGGCACGGGUCUGGAAUUGAAAUGGAAUGAGAUUCUGAGGCUUAAUCCAACACACGGAUUCUACUUGUAGCACCUAUCUCUGCUCAUUCCAGCCUGAAGGAAAGAGCGUUGUGUCUCUCUCACCAUCCCAUCAUGAUCCUGGCUGUGAUUGGACAGUCAGCGCGACGCUCCAAGUAUCUCAUUGGAGGAGAGCGUGAAAAGGCGCAGGGGCUUUGUGAAGUUGACAGCAUGACCAUUAUCUGCUAUCAUUUCUGUUCUUACAUUGACAGAAGAAACACAUCCCACAAUUCAUGGUUGGAUUUCAUCGGUAAUACCCGAAAGGGUCGUCUGAACACCACUCCGGCCAUUCUCAUCAGUUCGCUCUUUAAAGGAUGUUCUGAGUUACCAUUGGUUUGUGCGCUGGGAUGUCGUGCAAAUGAACCAUUUGUUUGUUUUUUAAUAUAGACAUUCCUGAUGUUACUGAUUUCACAGUGUGAGUGGGGAGGGGCUUCUGAUGUCAUUAGUUUAAAAGCGCAACAUGCCAGGAGCAUAGAUCAGGAUGACUGUAUGUACUCUGUAGUGAAAACUUCUGAAGAUAUAUGGUCACUGAAUAGAGAGGCAGUACCAAAAGAGUACGAAAAUAUUUCGUAAUAAUAGUAAUUGCAUAUUCAUCCAUUUACGCUUCAUGCUUAAGAUGAGCAAAACUUGGAAACACACCCUCGAAAAGUAGACCAAAGUUGAGUAUAUAUUUGCGUACACGUGCCCCAAAAGGUUCGAGGAUGAGCAACACAUUUGAGGUUUACAAUUUUGAUGGUGAUAUUUAGCGUUUUGUACUUAUUUCAACUCUUGGACGUGAACCGAAAUGCAGAUGUAUGAACGAUACAUAUCGGGGCUGUCCUUCUGAAACCUCGUAUCUCCAUAUUUCAUGAUUAUUUUUUUUACAUAAAUCCUUAUUGACCGUGGUCAACCUUUAUGUUUGUCACUAGAUGUUGCAAAUAUCUAACCAAUAAAAAGUAUAAAAAAUUGCUUGUUAACUUUGACAACGCAGUAUUUCAUUGUUUAAAAAGUAUAAUCUUUUUCUAUAUACGGUAUAAAAACGACGAAUUUGGACAUCGAAGGUUUUAGAAGAACAGUGACGAUAUGCUUCAUAUUGUUAUCAUUGUUGUUCUUCCAGUACAUUCUGGGUGUGUUGUUGAGAUUUGUAAUUCAGUUAUUGCCUCUGUUAUCUGCUACUGGCUUUUACCGGUAUUUAUUUUCCAAUGAGCUUUUAACCUCCCCGACUUGAUUUUCCAAACACUACAGCUUCUGAAAUCAAUCAUUGAAUUAUUACUUCAGUCUUUCUUUACUAUAAUUGCUUUUACAGGUUUAUUACUUUUUAAACCGCUACCUAUCAUGGCUUUGUUAAUACAACAUUACCCAGUGCUCCAUCCAAUUUUGAGCUGAUAGAAAAUGCAAAGAUUGUAUUUCCCUUAGGAUUUCAUGUGCCAAGCAUUAGGCAGCGCAUUAUCUUGCACCCAUUGGAAUUCACUUUAAAUUUACAAGACUGUCGUGCUUUGGUUUCUUAUUGAGAGAAUUUCAUUUUGAAUUGCAUUAUCAGCGUGGGAGGCGUCCUUAUAAGUGUUUCUCUGAUAGCAGACAUCAGUGUGAUUAUUUCAUUGCGGUUUAUCUCACUUUGGCUAUUGUGUUUUACGUCUCGGCUAACUGACAACACAUAAGAAGUACAUUAUAUGCUGCCGUGUUCACAUCAGAUUAUCGACAAAAUUGCUCCUCUUUUAAAUUCCCAUAAAAAGAGGCACUUUGUGAGUGAUGAACACAAAACUCAAGGCACAAGGGCUUCAGAGUCACAUCUCUUUACUUUGCAUUCCAUAUUUAUGUGUAUACAAACACAAAUUAUUCUUGAGGUAUACAGGCAGACUAUGUUUAAUGUCCAUUCCUUUCUUGCAACAGUGCCUUGGUAACUCCGAGAGAGACUUUCUUUCCGUUUUACAUUUCUGUCAAUGUUACACAAUGGGCAAGAACUACACGUUGCUGUGGGAGACUUUCAAAGACACCGGUUCUUAAUCUGGUUGAGAGUCAAGAUGUUGUUAUAGACAAAAAUAAAGACCAGCACCUCAAAACAUGCAAUUAUGAUUUACAUUUUCACACGUGAGAACCUGCAGGUUUGUAUUCUUUUAUCUCAUUGGCCUUCAUGCACACUGUCUGCCAGUAUUCUUAUUCUAUUGUAAGUUCUUCCGCCGUUGCUGCUUUGCCAAAGUAAGAGGCAUCAGCUGCCAAUAUAAUGAACAAAAACGAAACAGCAGCCAAAAUCAAAAGCAUUUAUUUUAUUAUGACACAGCAGCGCUUACUGCGAAUUGAGCGAAGUACCCAAGACUCUAGUGCACUUACGUGAAUCAAUAUAUUUCCUCUAUAAGCGUGUCGUCAUUGGUCUGGAGAUUGUUGACACGCUCUCUUCUCGUCUUGUGUCUCGGAGUCAGACCGUUUUCAUCAGCUCACAUCUUUUGUGUGGGGAACUGUGCCUGCCAGCCCUCCAUUGCCUUUGAUUUAUUCACGGCUCAACAAAAUUACAGGAUCCAGCAAUUGCUACAGUUGAUUUACAUUUUGUGUAUACUGUAAAUGCGUAAGGCAAAGCUUCUGUUGGCAUGACAUGAAAGAGUACUUGUGCGUAAGUAACUGAAUGAUCAUUAUUUGUUACCUGCGCUACACGUGUUUUUUGUUCAUUUAUCAUAAGCAAGGCAACAAGAUUGAAAGUAGGAAAUAAUUGUGUGGCUCUGAAUGUAUUUUUAAUCUUAAUAACACCUAUUUUCAAAAUAUUUUCCUGGACAAGCCCCGCCCCCAAAACAAUACAUAUCGGUAUGUCUGAAUUGCACACUGUGUAUUGUUUGAAACACGUAUAGCAUUGGAACAUGAGAAAAUCUUAUACAGCAGCAUGAACAUAUCAUUUUUGCGGAAAAAAAAAUCUCAGUAUGCACUUGUAUUUUUUCCUUUAGUAUUCCUGUCUCGUUUUGAGAACAACAGUCAUGCAUUUCUCUCCAGUCAGCGAGUGGUACAAGCCCAGCCUUGAAGGACUUUUAAAGGACUGCUCUGGCUAUCCAAAGCCUCAAGGAUUACAGUCAGACUUGAGUUACGUACUUGACCAAAAGGAUUUUUGAACAGUCACUUAAAAACGUACAAGGACCUUAAUGGUGCCGUCUGUUGUGGAUACAGAGAAAGAACUCUUACAUCGGAGAGCUAAUGAACAGAACACUUCUUUUGUACAGAGAUAUAUUUUUAUGGGAAUAAAUUUGUAACAUAAAAAAAAGAGAAAGUGUAUUGACAGAUCUGUAAAUGUUUUUCAUUAUUGUAGUACAAAUGCUAGUGGGGAUUAUAAAUAAAUAUAUAUAUAUAUAUAUAUAUAAAAUAUAUAUAUACAAAGACAAAAUAGACAAAGGGUUUUUUUUGUAAAUGUAAAAAAGAUUGUAUAUAGAAGUUUACAUAUUGUAAAUAUGUAAUACCCAACAUGGCUUGUCUGCAAUAUAUAAAAUGUAUUUUAUCUGUCUGUAUAUGAUGCUUUGCAUUGUGUUUAAGUCUAUUCUACUUUCUUGAACUUGAAACCUAUUUUGAAGUUUUUGGAAUAAAAAAUGAAAACAU